GGGCGGCUCGCUCCGUGUGACAGUCACGCCGGCGGCACCCGAGGCGAGCGAGCGAGCGAGCGCCAGCGGGGCUGGGCUCCGGGAGACGGCGAGGGAGGUGUCGAGUGGAGUCGCCAUAUGGGAGCACGGAGCAGGGGGAGCGAUGAAAUCAGUGAGCUGAAGCACAGUCGCGGCCCGGAUGUUACAACGAUGUUGGAUGAAAAGCGAAGGGGAACGAACUAGACGCCUUAUUUCACUACCAUGGGGGUCGGGGGAUGAAGCACCAUCUCGCCAUUUCGCUUAUAGUCAUUUUUUGAUGUCAUAUUAAGGCGGCGAGAAUGUAUGAAUUAAGAGAACCAUACGAAGGAGUAAAUUAUGUCAGCAACAGACUCGCAUUACCUAGCGAGGGACCGGGUCUCGUAUCAAACUCCGAACCAUCAAGACCAGCACCAUUAUCCUGGCAAGCUGCGAUCGAGGCGGCCAGGCAAGCUAAAGCUGCCGCAACCAUGAACUCCACGGAACCCAGCAGCACAGCAGCCCAAAGAAAACGCCAGCAAUUCGCCAAGAGCAAGAAACAGCAAGGCAGUACCGCGAAUAACAGGCCAGCCCGUGCCCUCUUCUGCUUAAAUCUCAACAAUCCUAUUAGAAGGGCCUGUAUUAGUAUAGUAGAAUGGAAGCCAUUUGAUAUCUUUAUAUUGAUCGCUAUUUUUGCCAACUGUGUGGCCUUAGCUAUUUACAUACCUUUUCCUGAAGAUGACUCUAAUUCAACCAAUCAUGAUCUGGAAACAGUAGAAUAUGCCUUCCUUAUAAUUUUUACAAUUGAAACGUGUUUGAAGAUUAUAGCAUAUGGACUGAUGUUACAUCCCAAUGCGUAUGUAAGAAAUGGAUGGAACUUGAUGGACUUUGUAAUUGUAAUAGUGGGUUUGUUUAGUGUUGUUUUGGAACAAGUAACCAAAGUAGAGAAUGUUGAUGGACAAGCUACUUCAGGUGGUAAACCUUCAGGUGGUUUUGAUGUCAAAGCUCUCCGAGCCUUUCGUGUGUUGCGACCUUUGCGACUUGUAUCAGGAGUACCAAGCUUGCAGGUUGUCUUGAACUCUAUCAUCAAGGCCAUGGUUCCCCUUCUCCACAUUGCUCUGCUGGUAUUGUUUGUAAUCAUCAUCUAUGCCAUCAUAGGAUUGGAGCUUUUUAUAGGAAAAAUGCACAAAACCUGUUAUUUCACGAACACAAAUAUAAUCGCAGAAGAUGAGCCAGCACCAUGUGCAUUUUCAGAGAAUGGCCGGCAAUGUCCCAUGAAUGGUACAGAAUGCAAGGGUGGGUGGCCAGGCCCAAAUGGAGGCAUCACAAACUUUGACAACUUUGCUUUUGCAAUGUUAACUGUUUUUCAAUGUAUAACCAUGGAAGGGUGGACAGAUGUUCUGUAUUGGAUGAAUGAUGCCAUGGGAUAUGAAUUGCCUUGGGUCUAUUUUGUCAGUCUCGUCAUCUUUGGAUCUUUUUUCGUUCUUAAUCUUGUACUGGGUGUAUUGAGCGGUGAAUUUUCUAAAGAAAGGGAAAAGGCCAAAGCCAGAGGAGAUUUUCAGAAAUUACGUGAGAAACAACAACUUGAGGAGGACCUCAAGGGCUAUCUGGAUUGGAUUACUCAGGCUGAAGACAUCGAUCCGGAGAAUGAGGAAGACUUUGAGAAUGCCGAGAAACGAAAUCGGGUAACUCUGGCCGAAUUACUCGAAAAGAAGAAAGGAAAAUUUGCAUGGUUUAGCCAGUCAUCUGAAACACAUGCAAAUCUGCCUAUUGGCGAUACUGGAUCUGAUAACACAGAAAAUGCUGCGGGUGGAGGGAGUGAGAAUGCAACAUGCUGUGGGUCAUUAUGUAUACGAAUUUCUAAAUCAAAGUUCAGCCGACGCUGGCGUCGUUGGAACCGUUGCUUAAGAAGAAAAUGUCGAGCUGGUGUUAAGUCUGUUACUUUCUACUGGCUAGUUAUUAUUCUUGUUUUUCUCAAUACAUUAACCAUUUCAUCAGAACACUACAACCAGCCCCUUUGGUUAACAUUAAUUCAAGAUAUUGCAAAUAAAGUUCUUCUGGCUCUUUUUACAUGUGAGAUGUUAGUAAAAAUGUACAGUCUGGGCCUGCAGGCUUACUUUGUAUCCCUCUUUAAUCGCUUCGAUUGCUUUGUGGUAUGUGGUGGAAUAAUAGAAACCAUCUUGGUUGAACUGGAAGUUAUGUCUCCUUUGGGAAUAUCAGUCUUUAGAUGUGUUCGGCUUCUCAGAAUUUUCAAAGUGACAAGGCACUGGCAAUCACUGAGUAACCUGGUGGCAUCUCUGCUGAACUCCAUGCGAUCCAUUGCUUCACUGCUGCUACUACUCUUCCUAUUUAUCAUUAUCUUUUCACUCCUGGGGAUGCAGCUUUUUGGUGGCAAAUUUAACUUUGAUGAAACACAAACAAAACGGAGUACCUUUGAUAACUUUCCGCAAGCUCUUCUCACCGUAUUCCAGAUUUUAACUGGUGAAGACUGGAAUAUGGUGAUGUACGAUGGAAUUAUGGCUUAUGGUGGACCCUCCUCCUCAGGGAUGAUAGUUUGUAUAUACUUCAUCAUUCUUUUCAUUUGUGGUAAUUACAUUCUGCUGAAUGUCUUUUUGGCUAUUGCUGUAGAUAAUUUGGCUGAUGCUGAAAGUCUUAACACAGUUCAAAAAGAAAGCGAAGAAGAAAAAGAAAGGAAAAAAAAUCUCAGAAACAACAGUUCAGGGCAAAAGGAAGAUGGGAAAUACGAAGUUGAUGGAGUGGGGGAAAAUGACAGGAAAAUACUUACUGGCACUCAGGUUUCAAUUGAUGAACAAGAUGAUGAUAAGGAUCCUUACCCACCCAGUGAUGUACCAGAUGACGAUGAUGAUGAACCAGAAGUUCCUGUUGGUCCCCGACCUCAAAGACUGGCUGACCUAAAUCUCAAGGAGAAAAUUGUCCCCAUCCCGGAAGGGAGUGCUUUCUUCCUGUUUAGCAAUACCAAUCCGAUCAGAGUCUUCUGUCACAGACUUAUAAAUCACAACAUCUUUACAAAUCUGAUCCUGGUCUUCAUUAUGCUCAGCAGCAUUUCCUUGGCAGCAGAGGAUCCUAUACGUAAUCAUUCCUUUCGUAAUAUUAUUCUUGGUUAUUUUGACUAUGCUUUUACUGCGAUCUUUACUGUUGAAAUCCUAUUCAAGAUGAUGACAUAUGGAGCAUUUUUACACAAAGGUUCUUUUUGUAGAAAUUACUUCAACUUGUUGGACAUCUUGGUUGUGGGUGUAUCACUUAUUUCCUUUGGAAUACAGUCUAGUGCUAUUUCAGUAGUGAAGAUUCUUCGUGUCUUAAGGGUUCUAAGACCACUUCGAGCAAUCAACAGGGCGAAGGGACUAAAGCAUGUUGUACAAUGUGUAUUCGUUGCUAUUCGAACCAUUGGUAACAUCAUGAUUGUUACAACUCUCCUCCAGUUCAUGUUUGCUUGUAUUGGCGUUCAGCUGUUCAAGGGUAAAUUCUACCGCUGUUCAGAUGAAGCAAAACAAUUACCCGAAGAUUGCAAGGGCACUUACAUUCUAUAUAAAGAUGGUGAUGUGGAUCAUCCAGUCAUUCGUGAUCGAGUUUGGUACAACAGUGAUUACAACUUUGACAAUGUUCUUUCAGCGAUGAUGGCAUUGUUUACAGUAUCAACCUUUGAAGGCUGGCCAGCAUUGCUAUACAAAGCAAUAGACUCAAAUGGAGAAAAUAUUGGUCCCAUCUACAACAAUCGUGUGGAGAUAUCUAUAUUCUUUAUUAUCUACAUCAUUAUUAUUGCUUUCUUCAUGAUGAACAUCUUUGUAGGUUUUGUGAUCGUUACAUUCCAAGAGCAAGGAGAACUAGAAUAUAAGAAUUGUGAACUGGACAAAAAUCAGCGUCAAUGUGUAGAAUAUGCUCUGAAGGCCAGACCACUCCGCAGAUAUAUCCCAAAGAACCCAUACCAAUAUAAGUUUUGGUAUGUGGUAAACUCAACAGGAUUUGAAUACAUCAUGUUUGCCCUCAUCAUGUUGAAUACACUGUGCUUGGCUGUACAGCACUAUGAGCAAUCUCCAUUUUUCAACUCCACAAUGGAUGUCCUGAACAUGGUCUUCACUGCUGUAUUCACUGUAGAGAUGGUUUUGAAACUCAUAGCUUUCAAACCAAUGGUGUGUGUGAAAAAAAAGGAGAGAUGGCUAGGCUAUUUUAGUGACUCCUGGAACGUGUUUGACUUCCUCAUCGUUAUUGGCAGCAUUAUUGACGUCGUACUCGGUGAAAUUGAUAAUUCUGAGGAAAAUUCCAGAAUUUCCAUUACUUUCUUCCGUCUCUUCCGUGUAAUGCGCUUAGUCAAAUUACUGAGUCGUGGUGAAGGGAUACGUACAUUGUUGUGGACAUUUGUUAAAUCCUUCCAGGCCCUUCCAUACGUUGCUCUUCUGAUAGCCAUGCUGUUUUUCAUCUAUGCUGUAAUUGGCAUGCAGACUUUUGGCAAAGUUGCCUUGCAAGACCAUACACAGAUAAAUAGAAAUAACAACUUUCAGACUUUUUUUCAGUCUGUUCUGCUUUUAUUCAGGUGUGCCACUGGUGAAGCCUGGCAAGAAAUAAUGUUGGCAUGUAUGCCUGGAAAACUCUGUGACCCAGAAUCAGAUUAUGCCCCAGGAGAAGAAUAUACAUGUGGUAGCAACUUUGCUAUUGUAUAUUUCAUCACAUUUUACAUGCUGUGCGCCUUUCUGAUUAUAAACUUAUUUGUGGCUGUCAUCAUGGACAACUUUGAUUAUUUGACACGUGACUGGUCCAUUCUGGGUCCUCAUCAUUUGGAAGAAUUUAAGAGAAUAUGGUCUGAGUAUGAUCCAGAGGCAAAAGGAAGAAUAAAACAUCUUGAUGUGGUUACACUACUUCGACGUAUUCAGCCACCAUUGGGCUUUGGAAAGCUUUGUCCACAUCGAGUUGCAUGCAAGAGAUUGGUUGCCAUGAACAUGCCCCUGAAUAGUGAUGGGACUGUAAUGUUCAAUGCGACCCUUUUUGCCUUGGUGAGAACAGCUUUAAAAAUCAAAACAGAAGGCAAUCUCGAUCAAGCUAAUGAAGAGCUGAGAGCUGUUAUUAAAAAAAUCUGGAAACGAACCAGUAUGAAGUUGCUAGAUCAGGUGGUGCCCCCAGCUGAUGAUGAUGAGGUAACCGUGGGGAAGUUCUAUGCCACCUUCCUGAUACAGGACUACUUUAGGAAAUUCAAGCGACGCAAGGAACAAGGCUUGGUAGGAAAGCAACCCAGAAAGAAUACCACAGUUGCUCUACAGGCUGGGCUUAGAACCCUACAUGACAUUGGACCUGAAAUUCGUAGAGCAAUUUCAUGUGAUCUACAGGAAGAGGAUAUUAUAGAGGGGGCUCGUGAAGAUGAUGAGGAUAUAUACAGAAGAAGUGGUGGCCUUUUUGGCAACCAUGUCAAUCAUAUGGCUGUAGAGGAAAGGAAUUUUUUACAACAAACAAAUGUCACACAACGACCUCUGCAGGUUACACGAUCCUCAACUCCUCCAACAGCUGAUUAUGACAAACACCCUCCUUCCACCAACACUGAGAAUUCCAUAUCGCACAACCAGCAUAACCACAGUUUUCAUGGAAAGGUAUCACCAAAUUCCACUAAUGUGAACCUCAACAAUGCCAAUGUAUCCAAAACUGCAAAUGGAAAAGAUAAUGGCUCCUUAAAUCAUGAACAGCCAACUGGAAAAAAUCACAAUUCCCAGGCCUCAGACCAAGAAACCCCAAGGAAAUCAAGCUCCAGAAGAUCAGAUUCUGGUGAAAGCUGUCUGCCCACAAUUUGUCGAGAGGAGACAAGACCAGAUGAUUGGUUUGAGGAGGAGCAAUAUUCAGGAGAUCAGGAAUAUUAUAGUGGGGAGGAAUACUAUGAAGAGGAUACUGUACAAACAGUGGAUAAGCAAAUCCAUAGAGACUAUCAGAAUCAAAUUCAAAAUAAUGAUGUGGAUUUUGAAAGACCAAAAGGCUAUCAUCAUCCUUGUGGUUCCUAUGAAGACGAUGAGUACCACUAUUACAUUGAACCCCGGCGUUCUCCACGGCGACGACUGCUUCCACCGACACCUACAGCAAAUCGGAGACCUUCCUUCAAUUUUGAGUGUCUACGCAGGCAAAGUAGUCAGGAUGAUAUCUCCCUGUCUCCUAUAUUUCAACAGCGUACGGCUCUGCCACUACAUUUAAUGCAACAUCAGGUUAUGGCUGUGGCAGGAAUGGACUCAUACAAAAGUAGAAGGCUCUCACCAGCACGAUCAACACGUUCCUGGGCAACACCUCCAGCUACACCACCCAGCAAAGAGCGCUCGCCUUACUACACACCCCUGAUCCGCGUAGAUCGUGUUGAUUCCAGGGAAAAUAUGAAUGGUAGCUUUCGCUCAAUGAACAGAAGCUCUUGGUAUACAGAAGAUGUUGACAUUCCAUAUAAAACAUAUACUCCAACAAAGUUAGCCGUUCCAAAUAGCGUUCUACAACGGUACCAUGAGAAACGAGGAAGUGCAGACAGCCUGGUGGAAGCUGUUCUAAUAUCAGAAGGUCUAGGGCGUUAUGCAAGAGAUCCCAAAUUUGUUUCAGUUACAAAACAUGAACUUGCAGAUGCCUGUGACAUGACAAUUGACGAAAUGGAAAGUGCAGCAAGCAGUUUAUUAAACGGCGGUCUUCACAACGGAACUACUGGCGAUCUACUUUCCAUUAAAAACAGGCGUGACUAUGAGCUACAGGACUAUGGCUUUGGAUACAGUGAUGAGGAACCGGACACUGGUAUCUAUGAAGAGGACCUAGGAGAUGAAAUGAUAUGCAUCACUACUUUAUAGCAUUUGGUAUGGAAUAAUUAUUUAUACAAAAAUUAAGGAAGUGCCUCAUAGUCAAGAAAUUCUUAUGGCACUAACUAGGUCAGGUAACCAAUAGAGUGACUUCCAUGUGAUGCUGCACUCUUAUAAGUAAAAGUCCUAAUUGGUGACAAUCUGAUCAAAUAACCUCUAUUUUGUUCUCAAGUACAGCAGUAUGAUCUGAUGAUAAUGUGGUCAAAUAGAAGAGGUAUGAGCCAAUCAACAAACUGGCAUGCACAGACAUACUGAGGACCAAGGAGAAAAUUGUAAGAUGAAGCCAUAAUUUUAUCAUACAAGGCUAGAGGUUUUCUCAGUCAAAGCAAUGUGCACCCUGCUGUUUGGAAGGAAGAAGUGUAUUAUUUCUAUAGUGAUGCUUGUAAUUAAAAGGAAAAUAUUAUAAAGGUGAUGACAAUCAAAUAUGACAUGUUGUUACCUCAGAAAUACAUUUGGACUUUUGGUUGGGAGCAAGUGAUGGCAUAUCAAAAUAUUUAAAAAUAUAAAACAUAUCUUCUGAAUUGUCAGAAAUAUGAACCAUUCUGAACAGUUUUUUAAAAUUCUGCAGCAAAUCUCAAAGUAUUAUUUUUCAUGGGCAAAAAUUGCAGUUUUUUUCACCUUAACUAUUUUAUUGUGAGUUUACCAAGGAUAACAUCUUUUUUUGUCUUAUUACAUCAGCUAUGGAGGGAACUUAAUCUUCUGCCAACUAAGAGACUUAUGAGCAUAUUACACUGGAAAUAUGAAAGACAUUCAUUUUCUUUGUAAGGUUAAUUUGAAGCUUAUAAACUGCAUUUCUUGCAAAAUAAACAAACUGUACAUGGUUGUAACAUAUAACAAAUUUGUAUUUGUAAAGAGAUGUUCUAUAUUUUGUAAUCCUGGUACUGUAAAAGAUAAGCAGCAAUAUUUAUGGUUCAAAUUUAUCAUCACGAAUUCUAUAGAUUCCUGUUAUUUUUAAUAGAAGUACAAAUUCAUAAGUAAUUGUACUGAUAGAGCUGCCUUUUCUUUGUGUAUGAUUCAAGAUUAAUUUCAGAGUUUUCAGCUAAGUCUGGAGCCAAAGGGAAAAGAACCGACUUUGGCAAACAGUUUUUAAAUUAAAAAUAUAAACCUAACUUUACACAGGAUAUGCAAAGAUAAUUUACUUGCACUUUUACUUGGAAUUAUAAAUAUUUAAAAAUAUUAUUCUUGGUACAUUUUUCAUCCUUUCUAACUCACUUGUAGUAAUUAGCAAUUGUCACUGCCUGACCAAUUUACUGAAAGUUACAUUGCUGUACUGAAGCAAAAUCAGUUUGAGAUAAGUUUCAGUUGAAUCAGACAAGAGAUUCUUCAAAAUAAUCUGUGGUUUCAGUAAAACAAUCUGAUUUUUGCAUAUCUUGUAUACAAUUUCUCAUGACAUCAAUAGCUUAUAAUGGGGCUGCAGAGAAUGAGGUGGGCUAAAUGUUUUUGUAAUUAUCAGCAUUUACAACAUUUUGCUGAGAACUACAAAUCAUGCAACUGAAGGGUCAAGUUCCUGUAGUAAUGAUUCUUCAAAUGAGGUAUUAUCAGCAUGUGCAUCAGUAUUUUAUGCUUUUAAUUUAACCAAAUAUGUUCAUUUGCACACUUUUUCCAUUGCAGAAACUAUGCCAUGGAGCAGGUCUUUCUUAAUUAACUGAAGACACUUUUUUCAAUGUACAUUUAAAACGCUUUUUUAUGUAUUUUAAAUAAUGCCCUGUUUCAGUUGCAGGUACAUUACUAGCAGCAGCCACUGGAAUCUUUUAAACUGUACACAUUUUAAACACUUGUGUAUAUUCUACUACUAAUAAACAAAAACUAAAGCAAGAUGUUUUACCUCAGUCAGGGAUAAUAAAUAGGGUUUUAAAUAGUUUUUAUUCCAUUUCCAAGGAGGGUGUUCUUGAUCUUCAGUUCACUGAUUAUGGCAAUCUAUGAUUGCAUACUGUUUCCUUCUGUUCAACCUUCAUGACUACUUUUAUAUGAAAUAAGCCUUUUGUGUAGUACAGUAUUUGUAUAUUCAGUUUUUAAGGUUGUACUAUUUUGUGAUUGUAUGUAAGCUCUGUAGCCGUAUUUUCCAUUCUACCAUACCAUAGUGCUGGAAAUGUACAUAAAAAUAGUGUAUAUUUCUGUAAGUUGAAACUAUUCAAACCAGAGUAAAAUUUAGUUGAUUUCUCACUAGACAAGCCUGAACAGUUAUUAUUAUUAAAAUAAUGGGCAAUACAAGAAAUUUCUUUAGUUGACCUUUAAUCCCAACUUUUUAUUCCUGCUGUACUUCCAUGGUAGAUACUAUAAACUAACUUAUUACAAAAAUGCAAGUCAGCAUUUCAUGACUGGAUUACAGUUCCUGUAAAUUUUGAUUUCAGUUAUCUUGUACAGCCUAUUGUUGUUCAAAUGUGCCUGCCACAUUUAAAAUCCUUUAAGAUAUCUAUUGUUGCUGCCCAACUCAAUUUAGAGCAUGUACAAACCAAACAUAUUUGUCUUAAUGAAUAAAAAGAAUGUAUGGGCUAAGACAUUACCUUAUCCUAUACAUAAUAAACAAAUCUCCCAGGAAAUGACUAUAUAUUAAGUGGCAAUAUUAUUCGAAACUGGUAUAAAUUAGAUGGUGUUUUGGAUUAGAGUGGUUGUACUUUGUUUUUUUUUACGUAGGCCUACGAUGAUCACUCCAGGUCUGCUGGAUGCACAUGAUUAAAAACUCUAUUUUCACUCGGUUGUUUUCUACUUAUUAGGCCUGGUACAACGAGAUGAGACACAAUUUAUACCUAAAUUCUAUGUCAAAUUUCGGUAGACUUAAGUGUGCACAUCUACAUCGUUAACCAAUUUCAGGCAAGUACCUUGGACCAUUGAAAAUUCUCAGCCAACUGUAAUGUGAAAUUUAGAAGCCUGAAUGCAAAUUUAUGAAAAGACCAUUUUUCUUCAUGUAUUUUGAAUAAUUGCCUUUUUGUCACUGCAUUGCUUCAAUGAAAAGUACCUUUAAUGUUCUAAACCAUUUCUCAUGAUGCAAAACCACCUCUAAAACAGAAAUGGGUCAUAGUUUCAGUUUUAAAGAACGUUAUAAAGAGAGAAGAAAAACAGAAGUUUCAGAGUUAAAAGGCUCUGUUGAAAAAGUGGAGAAGCUUCCGCAUCCAUAGUUGAGGAAGAUAGAGAUCACAGAGUGGUGUAUGAACUUGCAGUGUCUUUGUGAGAUUAGGCCACAGAGAAAAGUGAAAACAAAAAUGAAGAAUUUACAAUAAAGGUUCUGAUUAGUUUCGAGCCAAAUAAUUUGAGGGACUAUAUUGGGUGAUAGGAUUCAUUGGGUCUACUUCAAGUUAAGGUUUCAAUGUAAAGACAGUGUUUUUGCAGGAGAGGAAUUAUUACCACAGUAAAGGAAUGAUUACCACAUCAACUUACAAAGGUGAUUAGAAGAAAAGUUGGGUGGUUAGUUAUAAAAUAGGAUAGAGGGAGUGGGACUUUGGUAAGAGGUGGUACUACAGAGAAACUAGAUUUCAAGCAGGGGGAAACAUUUAAAAAUAGCUUAUCCCACUAAGAAGAGUCAGCUGAAUGAUCACACUUUGUGACAUUGAUGUUUACAGGUCACUCAGAGGAUGGAGGAUAAAGGCAGAGCAGAGUGGUUUCAGAGGAAGUUAGCACAGAGGUGAACCGUUGGUGAUUAUUUUGGGUUCUUAGGAUGAUUCUGGGAAAGGCAUUUAACAACUUGCAGAGUCUUUCAGUGGUGCAUCUAAGACUGAUGAGGGAUGACUUGUCCAGUUUUCCAUCAUAAAUGUUCAAAUUUCUUCCCCUCAUGAAAGACAUACUACUGAGAAUAACAAACAGAACCACAACAUUUUCAUGUUAGAAAUAGAACAGUGUUACUUUGACAGACAGACAUACUUUAUUGAUCCCGAGGGAAAUUGGGUUUUGUUACAGCCGCACCAACCAAGAAUAGUGUAGAAAUAUAGCAAUAUAAAACCAUAAAUAAUUAAAUAAUAAUAAUAAUAGUGGAGGUCUAGCAACAUCAUUACCUGCCUAUGGGACAAAAAGUCCUUGAAUAGACAGCAUAUUCAUUCAUUCAUAUCCCACUAGAUGUUGGACUUAUCUAUUAAAAGACGUUUGUUUUUCCUCUCCAUCAACCAGCAUGGAAAAAUUGUCUCAGAAUUUGCCUUUUGGAGCCUGAAUAAUCCACCUGUGUUGUGAAGUUAUCAGUGGUUCAGAAAUCCAUCAUUUCAACAGAUGAGCCCAAACCACUCAG